UUGUAACAGUCAAUGAUGCUGCCGCAGUCUUGUCGUACAGCAGGGGAAACUGGACCUAUUUGCUUGUUGGCUCCUGCAACAUUACUAUGUUCAAGUCACCUGAAAGAACCGCCAUCGCAGCGCCCCAGUGACUGCAUACAGAACUGUCAGGUCUCACUUGACAUGACCGCAACAAUGUGCCUAGCUUUCACCUUGGCGUUGGCCGUUCGCACCACUGCAGCCUGUGUGGCAAGUGCGACACAUUUAUGUAUGAAGGUGAGAAUCCACUCUUACGAGACUGGAUACUACCAGUUUGAAGGGUACAAUGGCGACUCGCCCGACCUCGAGGUCCGCAUCGGCCAGACCUACGUCUUCGACCAAACGGAUAGCAGCAACUGGUACCACGCGGUGGGCUUCGCCUACUACCCGGAUGGUGCUCACGGUGCCGACUGGGGUGGAGAUGAGCGUGAUGAGGUAGAGGGUGCAGGCGAGCUGCUGUACAAAAUCGACGGUGCAGCGACGACUUGUCCUGAUGCAGGCAACACGGGGCUGGACUGCUACGAGCCCGAGUUCUUCUACCCGCGAGCAGAUUGGAUGGCAAAGAAUUACACCGCCGAGCUCACCAUUACGCAGGCCAUGGCGGAUCGAUCGCAAGGCGGUGUGAUCUACUACUUCUGCCACAUCCACUCCAAGAUGAGCGGCAAGAUCGUCAUCAAGAACGCCGAUGGCUCCGCGGUGACUCAGGCAGACGGCCAGCCGCUGGUGAACGCCCAAGAGCUUCCGCUGUACUCCCCGGUUCAAGGUGCUGGCUUCGACGUCAUAUGCGGAACUUCGGGUGCUAGCGACUAUGCCCCCGGUGGCUCCAUGGCCUGCCCGGAGAAUUUUCUUGGAGGCACCUUAGAUACCGAUUUCGAGAAGUGCAUGCAGGCGAUUGACUGCAAGAUGAACAAGGAGAUGCGCAUCAUGGGCUUUGACAGCCACCAAAGUCACAUUGUCACAUUCAUGCAGCAGAUGAUCCCGCACCACGCCAACGCAGUAAACAUGGCAAAGAUUGUGCUCAAGUUUGCGUCACCCCAGGUUGUAGCUGUGGAGGAUUUGAGCGACAUCUUGUGGAGCAUGAUCAAUGCGCAGAACUAUCAGAUCCACGUCAUGCGAAACUACCUGGGAAGCCACACUGCGUAUGGGCAGGUUGUGACAAGUGGUGGCAGCUCGUUGAGUGCUGAGUCUGUGGGUGAACACUGCAACUCCACCCUGGAUGUUGCUGUGGACAUCCAGGCGCCAACGUCGAACGCGGCCAGCGCGACAGCUGCAGUUCCAGGUUGCAGCUCGUCGGCGAAUAGGCUUUGCAUGAAGGUGAACCUCUAUGCUGGCGAGACCGGGUACUUCGAGUUUGCUGGGUACACAGGCCCCUCGCCCGACCUCGAGGUCCGCAUCGGCCAGACCUAUGUCUUCGACCAAACGGAUGGCAGCAACUGGUACCACGCGGUGGGCUUCGCCUACUACCCGGAUGGUGCUCACGGUGCCGACUGGGGUGGAGAUGAGCGUGAUGAGGUAGAGGGUGCAGGCGAGCUGCUGUACAAAAUCGACGGUGCAGCGACGACUUGUCCUGAUGCAGGCAACACGGGGCUGGACUGCUACGAGCCCGAGUUCUUCUACCCGCGAGCAGAUUGGAUGGCAAAGAAUUACACCGCCGAGCUCACCAUUACGCAGGCCAUGGCGGAUCGAUCGCAAGGCGGUGUGAUCUACUACUUCUGCCACAUCCACUCCAAGAUGAGCGGCAAGAUCGUCAUCAAGAACGCCGAUGGCUCCGCGGUGACUCAGGCAGACGGCCAGCCGCUGGUGAACGCCCAAGAGCUUCCGCUGUACUCGCCAGCAACUCUGAGUGGUACCGAUCUGGCGUGCGGUACUGCAGGUGUGGGUCCCUUUGCCGGAGGAGGUGAGCGCCAGUGUGCCGAGCGCUUCCUUUGCGGGAACCUGGACACAACAUUUGAGCGUUGCAUGCAGGCCAUCGACUGCAAGAUGAAGGCGGAGAUGUUGGAUGAGACGUCUGUGGACCACGGAAACCAGGUCGCGGUUUUCAUGCAGCAAAUGAUUCCGCACCACCUCAAUGCCGUGAACAUGGCCAAGAUCCUGCUCAAACACGUCGAUGCGGCAACCAUUGAUGCGGCCAUUGAGGAGCAGGGCCUUACUCACAUGCUCAACGACAUCAUCAACGUCCAGAACUUUCAGGUGCACCAGUUCCGCAACUAUUUGGCUGGCCAAGGCUUGCUGCCAGGAGUUGCAACGACAGCCGUCCCGGAGCUGUACACAAGUGGGCACCAAAGGUGCCGGGGGCUUCUGUCAUUUGUGGUCGGCUUCCUAUUCUUAGGUUCAUCUUGAGAUGGCUGUGGCUCAAAAAUAGCCACCCAUUUUGGGCAGCCUGGUAAAUGCAACCAAGACUGAGACCUGCGGUCAACCGAGUCUAUAUCCUGGUUGAAUUUGGACCAGAUGGCUGUGCCUGUGCCCCAUAGGCAGCGAUUUUGAUCUCUUCUUUUUUUUUGGGACUGCGCUUGUAAAAGGAUGCGGCUUUGUACCGGGCAUGUGCGAGCCAGGCUUGAGGCUUGACGAGUUGUUAACUUGCUUUACGUGCAGGGCCGAUCAGCGAAUCCCAUCAUGUAACAGACCCAAGAAGGAAUUAUGUAACCUUGGGCAUGGUGUAUAGCAGAAUUGUAAUUCAUCCAUCGGCGAAGCCGAGCAAUGGGCUGACGUCAAAGCCUUUGACUGAGCUGGAAAAUGGGGUGCAGUCAUGCAAGAUGCA